AUGUCAAAUAUAGAUACCGAUAUUGAUACAGAUACUGAAUCAUUCACUUCUUCCUUCUCCUCCUCCUCCUCAUCUAGCAAAAUUUGUAGUCUUUGUUUAGGUUCAGAUACUGAUAUUCCUCCAUUUGGUACUAUUGAUGAUGCUAAAGAUUUAAUUUCUCCUUGUUCAACUUGUUCAAUAAUUACUCAUAGAAAAUGUUUAUUAGAUUGGUUUAAUUCUGUUCCUGCUGAUAAAUUACAUAUAAUUCGUGCUCAUCGUCAAUCGACAUCAAGAAGACCCAUUUCAAGAAAUAAUAAUAACAACAACAACAACAACAACAACAACAACGGUUCUCUAAAUGAAUCUAAUAUUAAUCAUGAAGAAAAUUUUGAUGAUUUAGGUGUAGGAAUAACACCAACAACAGGGAUGGACCAAAAUACUACUGCUACUACUGCUACUACUGCUACUACUGCUACUACUACUACUCGUAUUGAAAUAAAUUUAUCUACUCAAGCAUUACUGAAUUGGUUAAGUACUAUGACAGCUGCAGGGGCCAAUACUAAUGAAAUAGAAAUUAACAACCACCACCACCACAACAACAACACCAACAAUAGUGAUAAUAAUACUGAUGUUACUAUACCUGGUGGAUUCCCAAUUAGUCGUCGUGCAUCAUCAUCGUCGUUGUCAAAUGUUUCUUCUCCUCCUCAUCAUGGCUCUUCUCCUAAUCAUGAUUUUAAACCAAGUAAUGAAUAUCUUGUUUAUAUAUUAGCACCAUGUCCACAAUGUAAACGAGAUAUAAUAUUUUCCAUGAGUCGAUCACCAAUAUUAGCCUUACAUUCAUCGAUGAAAACCAUAAUUUCUCGAAUGGUUCAAUAUGGUGGAGUAUUUGUUGGGAUUACAUCGGCAUUAACGGGGAUUUUAUCAAUGGGAUACAUUGGAUUAACUACUUGUGGAUUAAAAAUGAUGGAUUGUAUAAUUCCAUCACCAAUAUUAAUACGGAUUUUAACUAAAAAAUCUUCAUUACAUACUCAUUCAAGUUAUCAAACUUUAAGUAAAAUAUUAUUUGGCAACACCAAUAGUGGUGGUGGUGUUGGAGGUGGUGGCGGUGGUGAUGAUGAUGCUUCUUCUUAUGUUGUUGAUAAUUUAGAACAAGGAUUAAUUCAAGGAUUAAUUGAUCCUUUUAAAUUUUCUCGAAUUCCAGUAUUACCAAUUGUAAUGUAUCGAGCUCGUUCUUCAUCAAUUUUAAAUUGUUUCAUUGGGAAAGAACAAGACAAUAAAGUGAAUUCUUUAUUGACAGAAACAAUGUUAUUAAGUUAUAUAUCAUCAAUUGGUGAUCAUAAAUUAUUAAAAUCAUUAAUUAAAAAUAUUUCUCAUCAAAUUUUAAAUGUCAUUAAAACUCCAUCAAAUAUUUUGAAUAUUUUUAAUUGGAAGAAUUUAUUUAAAGAUAUUAAUUGGUAUGAUUCAAGAAAUAUUAUAUCAUUAAUUAUCCCCAUGAGAUGGAUUUAUGAUAUAUUUAUAUAUCGAUUAAUUUUUAAUCGACAAUAUUUUAAUUUAAUCAUGAAAAUUAGACCAAGAUCUAUAGCUAAUAGUUUGACUAGUAAAGAAAUUGACAAUUUGGAAGAUUUAAAUAAUCAAUUAAAUGAUUUGAAAAAAUUACAUCACAAGAUGAAUACAAUUAUAAUGAAGAAAAUUGAUAAAAAAUUCUCAAAAUUCAUCAAAACCAAUUCAAACUCAUAUUUCGGAACCACUACUACCACUAAUAGUUGGUUGGUGAAAUUGAUAUCACCAAUAAUUAAAUAUCUUUAUGGUAAAGUUUUAUAUUUACAGAAAAUAAAUUCAACAAAUGGAUGGUUUAAAUAUUUAAAAUUGAAAAUAUUAAUUCAAUGGAAAUAUACUAUUGCAUGUUUUAAAAAUGAUUAUUCACAAACAUUAUCAUCAAACAAUAACACCAACACUAAUACCAUUACCAACAGUUUUCAAAAUAUAAUUAUAAAAAGUUUGACUACUUUAAUUUGGCCAUUUUUAAGUUCAAAAUUAAAUGAAUUAUUCAUAUAUCCAAUCUUCUUACUAAACAAUCCAAAAUCUUGGCUUGCAAAUAAUAAUAUUAAUCUCAACAUUGGUGUUUUUGGUUUAUCAAUGGAUAAGAAAAUUUUAAUUGGUAAUUUAUUAGGAUUAAUAAUGAUUUCUAUAAUUAAAGAAUUGAUAAAUUUAUAUUUAACAAAAUUAAAAGUUUAUCAAAUGUCAAAAAUUGAAACUUUAAAUUCACAAGAUAGUCAAAUAUUAAAAGAUGUAACUUCAACUAUAUUCCAUCCAGAAAAUAUUUCUAUCAGUACUAACAACAACAACAACAACAAUAAUAAUAAUAAUGCUGAUAAUGAUAUAUUUCCUGAUCUUAAUAAUAUCACUACUACUGGUGAUGAUAACGAUGAUGAAGAUGAAUUGGAUUUGGUGACUGAUGAUAGUGAUGAAUCAUUUACAAUGCAUAGACUUGUUGAAUUGGGAUUAAUUGAUGAAUCAGAUUUUAAUAUUCCUGGUGGUUUCAAUUUUUGA